GCAACUAUCUUUCUCUCAUUUUCACAAUUUCAUUCGUCUCUCAUCCCUUUAUUUUUUUUGCUCAUUCACCGCCGGUAAUGGCAAAAGUCUCUCGGCGGAGCAAGAAAACAAUGGUUGACGACUAUGAAAUCGGCGAUAAAACAGCGUCUGCGUCUGAGUCCAUUGUGUUAAAAUCCAAACGCAAACGUAAGUCCCCGCCUCAAAACACUCCUCCUCAACGCAGCUCCUCCUAUAGAGGCGUCACAAGGCAUAGAUGGACUGGUAGAUACGAAGCGCACUUGUGGGAUAAGAACAGCUGGAACGAGACUCAGACCAAGAAAGGUCGACAAGUUUAUCUAGGAGCUUACGACGAAGAAGAAGCAGCAGCACGUGCCUACGACUUGGCAGCAUUGAAGUACUGGGGACGAGACACACUCUUGAACUUCCCUUUGCCUACUUAUGAAGAAGACCUCAAAGAAAUGGAAAGCCACUCCAAGGAAGAGUAUAUUGGAUCAUUGAGAAGAAAAAGUAGUGGGUUCUCUCGUGGUGUAUCAAAAUACAGAGGAGUUGCAAGGCAUCACCAUAAUGGGAGAUGGGAAGCUAGAAUUGGAAGGGUGUUUGGUAAUAAAUAUCUAUACCUUGGAACAUACGCCACGCAAGAAGAAGCAGCAAUCGCCUACGACAUCGCGGCAAUAGAGUACCGUGGACUUAACGCCGUUACCAAUUUCGACGUCAGCCGUUAUCUAAACCCUAGCGCCGCCGUCGCAAAUCAGGAUAAACCCGAUCCCGAUUCAAAGCCGAUCCGAAACCCUAAUCACGAGCCCGAAUCGUCGGAUGAUAACGAAUCUCCGAAAUCAGAGGAGAUAGUCGAACCAUCUACACCGCCGGAAGCUAUCCAAACUCGCCGGAGCUUUCCCGACGAUAUCCAGACGUAUUUUGGGUGUCAAGAUUCCGGCAAGGUAGCGGGGGAGGAAGACGACGUUAUAUUCGGCGGUUUUAAUUCGUUUAUAAAUCCUGGUUUCUAUAACGAGUAUGAUCAUGAUCAUGGACCUUAGAUCGUAUUUUUCACAAGUUUUGAUUUUUAUCAUCUAUCCAUAUAAGAAGAUGCAUCGAAUAUUUUACAAGUGAAAAGCUGAGGAUUGCGAGACUCAACCUUACAGUGCAAGACAUCAUAUGAUCCUUCUAAUG